UGUAAUGGCAGAGUCGGUGUCCCCUUCGGCUCCUACACCCCCACCGUAUAAAGACCAGGUGCCUCAGGUUUCAGAGAUUGCUCCUUCAGUGGGACUUUAUCCGUUGAUUACUGAGACUGUGGUGGCUCGCCCGGGAGCAGAGGGGCGCCGGGCCACUACUAUGCUAGUUUACUCACAUGUGCCUUUUAACCCAGUGGACCUAGCAGCCUUUAAGGCACAGGCAGGGGAAUUCUCCACGAAUCCCAGCAAGUUUAUUUCGGUUUUUGAGGGAUGUUUUGCCAGUCACAAGCCUGACUGGGAUGACUGUAAUAUCCUUAUGAGGACCCUGUUGUCUGAAGUGGAGAAAAAGGAGGAUUUGAUGGGCAUGUCUGUGGCACAGAUUUUGGAAACUGCAAACAAGGUUUACAGCCUUAGAGAGGGAGAGAAGGAAAAAAGGCAAGUGAAGAUGAUGGUUGCAGCAGUACAGGCCAGUGACAAGAGGAAGUUUCAGGAAGGUGGUGGAAGGGGCCGGAGAAUGAGAGGUCGUGGACGUGGGCGCCCUGGCUCACAGGAAAGGCGUUUGGUCGCAAUCAGUGUGCCAUAUGCCGGAAGGAGGGACACUGGAAAAUGA